CACCACCGGUUUAGCGUUGUGUGGAUUGAGGACGUAGCUCAGACACUGCUUCAUCCACUUCGGGCUCUUGACGAUUGUACCACAGUAGCUUGUUUACCUGCUGCCGUUUCAUUUGAGCAAAAAAACAAAACAAAACAAUGGAAGGACAAGUGUGCAACAUCCAGGUGCUUCUUCGGGCUGCCGAGUUUCUGGAGAGAAGAGAGCGGGAGGCAGAACAUGGGUAUGCUUCCGUCUUGCCUCUCAGUCCAGCUCAGUCCGACAGGAGAAGCAAGCAGAAGAGCAAGAAGAUAUCUGCUGGUGGCAAUAGGUCUGUUCAUAAUGAGCUGGAGAAAAACAGACGGGCACAGCUGAGGCACUGCCUGGAGCAGCUGAAGAAGCAGGUCCCACUGUCAUCGGACUCGAUGAGGAACACCACUCUGAACCUGCUGAGACGAGCCCAGCUUCACAUAAAGAAGCUGCAGGAGCAGGAUGAGCGUGCAGAGCAGCUGAAGGAUCGUCUGCGCUGGGAGCAGCAAGAGCUGCGGGUUCGGCUGGAGCAGCUGCAGAGGGGCACGGAGAGGAUGAGGAACGACAGCCAGGGGUCAACCAUGUCCUCCGAGAGGUCGGACUCAGACAGAGAGGACGUUGAGGUUGAUGUGGAGAGCAUUGUGUUUGUGGACUCUGAUGGACUGAGCAUUACGCACACCGGCGCGGACCACUGUUACUCCAGCCUGGAAAAGGCCUGGCUAUGACGGCGGUACACGAGUGGUAACUGGUUUAUUGUCACCGGACGGACAGGAAGAGGAGGAAAAACAUUCCAAAAACAAAGGAUGGGGGAGAAUGGAAGAAGAUGUUACUGUACAACUGAACAUUUUUUUGGCAUUCUCUUGUCAGCACACGUCGGACAAAAAGCUAAAAGCCAACCUUUGGUUAUGAAAGAGAGGUGUCCAUUUGCACUGAAUAGCAGUAAAAUUCACUGGGCCGUGUCGUCACCAAACACAUACUCGUGUGUGUUCUAGCAUCAGUCAUUAAUGCUAUUUUCCCCCAAAGCCAUGAGGUGUCAAACUUCGUAUCAUUCAUGCAGCUCUAAUAAUUCAUUUUUUUAAGGGCUUUUAAAAUUCAGACAAGGGCUUUUAUUCUAAACUUUUAACUUAUUCUUUACUACAGAAUGUCUGUACUGAAUUCUGCCUUAAAUCAGAUCUGGUUUAGUAUGCUAUUCAGCUUUUACCUAGCACUAAGCUUAUAUCUCAGUAUGCCACGUUUAGCAUGCACUUAAACAUUAAUCUUGCUAUGUCGGGGUUUUUUGUGUUUGUGUCCUAUUGUAUAUCUAAGUGCAGUCAUAUACUUUGCUCCUUUUUAUUCUAUUGCACAUAAUUUCCAAAUGUUGCACUUGUUUUGUCUCAGAAAGAUUUGAAAGCAGCAAACAGAAGCAGGUCAUAUUUGCACAUCGACAUCAGGAAAAUUCAGUAACAUUGCCAAAUAUGAAUUAGUUCACAAUUUAAGAAUUUAAAACUGUGAGAGGAGCACUUGGGAGCUGCUCACCGAGGCCUAAUGGCAGUUUUAUUCACUGCUAAUGUUUCCUAGAAGUCUUUCCUACCUUCACUUGUGCAUUUAUCAAUUAAAUUGUUAAUUAUACACAUAACAAAUUCACCAGUCAGGUAGGCAGUUUGUACUUUUAAUGAUUAUGUAGUUAAUGCUGUAUUACAUAUUCAUUUCUGUGUAUUCAAUAGGGGUCGACCUAUAUUUUUUUAGUUUCAAAGACACCAAUAACAGAUAUUUGAAACUUUUAGAUAAACCUAACACUUUGCUGAAAUGCCUCUGGGCAAGCUAUGGCUACAUAAACUGUUAAUUUGUUUUAGUAAAUUGCAUCAAUGUAAAAAAAACAAAAAAAAGGUGCAUUGUUCGAUUUUUCAGUGUAAUUGGGAAAAAUCGCCGUGCUUGUAGUCAUAGAAACACAUAACAUCGCAGUGUUUAUUGCAACUUCUGCCGCUUCAGCAUGGAAACACAGCUCUGCAGCAGGUGCCGGGAGCUGCUCCAAGCUUGCAGCUGCACUACUGUAUAACAUUGGUGUUGAUGGGCUGUUAUUUAUGAGCCGUGUUCAAACAGAAGACUGCAUCAGAGCCGGCGCGGCUCAUUUACAGUUUAUCUUCAACGGCCUUGAAACUCUGAACACUGGUCGACCCCUAGUAUUUAAUAACUUAAGGUGCUUUCUACCCCCUCAAUUCACUUUUGUAUAUGCAAGAGGCCUUAUUACUUUAUCCGUCUCUCCACCCAGUAAUAUUAUGUAGCAUUUUUGUACUGAUGUAAGCUUCCUUUUUUUAAUGAAUAAAUAUUUUCUGUAUUUAUUUGCUGUUGUGUUUGUUAUUAGUCAUUUUAGAGGUAAAAAUCCAUUCACCCCUAACUCGAGCAGGGCUGGCGCACAGACAUACACUUGACAGACAGCAAAGUGAUUAGAAAGACAAAGUCAAUUUAUUGACAAGCUGAUAAAGGACACAUUUUUGCAUGGGUUGCAUCACCAGAGCUUAGCUGAAUGUACAGUUCAAGUUAGCUUUUGUGCCUUUUUUUUUUU